AUGGAUACUUUUAAAACUCCACAAACUGCUGCUGAUGCAAAAUUAUUUACUUCAUCAAAUUCAUUUGGUUAUCCAACUGCAUCUCAAGAUUUACAAUCACAAGGUCAAUCAGAAGGUGAUUCAAAAGAUUUAGUUAAUGAACCAAAUAAUAAUGAUGAUGAAGAUUCAACAACUUCAGGUAUUGUACCAACUUUACAAAAUAUUGUUGCAACUGUUAAUUUAGAUUGUCGUUUAGAUUUGAAGACUAUUGCCCUUCAUGCUCGUAAUGCUGAAUAUAAUCCCAAGAGAUUUGCUGCUGUUAUUAUGCGUAUUAGAGAACCUAAAACUACUGCUUUAAUUUUUGCAUCAGGGAAAAUGGUUGUUACAGGUGCAAAAUCUGAAGAUGAUUCAAAAUUAGCUUCAAGAAAAUAUGCAAGAAUUAUUCAAAAAUUAGGUUUUAAUGCAAAAUUCACAGAUUUUAAAAUUCAAAAUAUUGUUGGUUCAUGUGAUGUUAAAUUCCCAAUUAGAUUAGAAGGUUUAGCUUUUAGUCAUGGUCCCUUUUCUUCUUAUGAACCUGAAUUAUUUCCAGGUUUAAUUUAUAGAAUGGUUAAACCUAAAAUUGUCUUGUUGAUUUUCGUAUCGGGUAAAAUUGUUUUAACUGGUGCAAAACAACGUGAAGAAAUUUAUCAAGCUUUUGAAGCUAUUUAUCCCGUUUUGAAUGAAUUUAGAAAAUUAUAA